GCUGCUGCACUGUUUUGAUCCCCAUUUAUAUUCCUCCCAUUUUGUUCUUGCUUCCUUCACCUCUCAAUUUCUCAGCUGGAGCUCCACCUUCUGUCACAGUUAUGGCUUUUCACUCAGCUUUCUUCCUGCUUUUGUUCCUCACUUCCUCCAUCUCUGCUUCUUCUCAAGCUUUUACUGCUACUUCUACUGCUCCCAAUCAGUCCCAGUUCUUCCUUCUCAUGCAAAACACUGCCUCGGGAAAGCUCCUCACUGAUUGGGAUCUUUCCAAAGGUAAAUCCUUCUGCAACUUCACCGGAAUCGACUGCAAUGACCGAGGUAGCGUCGUUCGGAUCGAUAUCUCUGGCCAGCCUCUCUCUGGUGGCUUCCCCGAAGAUCUAUGCUCUUACCUCCCAGAGCUACGAGUUCUUCGUCUCGCCCAUACUGGUUUCCAGGGACGUUUUCCUCCAGGAAUCACUAAUUGUUCACUCCUUGAAGAGCUUGACAUGAGCUCCAUGAAUCUCAAUGGAACAAUCCCGGAUUUGUCGCAAAUGAAACAACUACGUCUGCUCGACUUAUCGUACAAUUCCUUCACUGGCGACUUUCCCAUGUCGGUUUUCGACCUUGUGAAUCUUGAGGUGCUGAAUUUCAAUGAGAAUUAUAAUCUCAACUUAUGGAAGUUGCCUGAGAAGAUCUCCAGAUUGAAGAAGCUGAAAUCCAUGGUGUUGACAACGUGUAUGUUAGACGGGGAAAUCCCGAGAUCGAUUGGGAACAUGACGUCUCUUGUCGAUCUCGAACUCAGUGGGAACUUUCUCAAGGGAGAGAUCCCAAAAGAAAUCUCCUUACUGAAGAACUUGCAACAGCUUGAACUCUAUUACAAUGAACUCACAGGAAACAUACCAGAGGAAUUCGGAAAUCUAACGGAGCUCGUCGACGUCGACAUGUCAGUGAACCUUUUAACAGGAGAGCUACCAGAAUCCAUUUGCAAACUCCCAAAGCUUAAAGUUCUACAGAUUUACAACAAUAGUCUAACAGGAGAGAUCCCAAGUGUACUAGCUAACUCAACAACACUAACUAUGCUAUCACUUUAUGACAACUUUCUUACAGGACAGAUUCCACAAAAGUUGGGGAAGUACUCACCAAUGGUCGUCGUCGACUUGUCGGAAAAUCGCCUGUCGGGGCCAUUGCCAUUGGAUAUAUGCAGAGGGGGGGAAUUGCUAUACUUUCUUGUCCUGCAAAACAGCCUUUCUGGAGAAAUCCCAGCAAGUUUCGCCGAAUGCGAGUCGAUUUUGAGGUUUCGGGUUAGUUUCAAUCAGUUGGUAGGAGAAAUUCCUCAAGAACUUUUGGCUCUCCCCCAUGUUUCAAUCAUUGAUGUUGCUCAUAAUCAUCUCACUGGUUCCAUUUCAAGUUCUAUCUCACAGGCAAGAAACUUAUCAGAGUUGUUCUUGCAAAGAAACAGGAUUUCUGGAGUUAUCCCGCCGGAGAUUUCAGGAGCAACCAAUCUGGUGAAGCUUGAUCUCAGCAAUAAUCUUCUCUCCGGUCCGGUGCCGUUCGAGAUCGGCAAUCUGAAGAAGCUUAAUCUGGUGAUGUUACAAGGAAAUCAGCUGGAUUCAUCGAUCCCUAGUUCAUUCACUUCGUUGAAAUCCCUCAGUGUUCUUGAUCUCUCAAACAAUCGUUUUUCCGGCGAAAUCCCAGAAAGUUUGAGUAAAUUGUCCCCAAAUUCUUUGAAUCUUUCGAACAAUCAACUUUCCGGUCAAAUUCCUCUGCCUUUCAUCAAACAAGGAUUGGCGGAUAGAUUUUCCGGCAAUCCAAAUCUAUGCAUUCCACCGGCGUAUUUCAUUUCAACGGAACAGAAAUUCCGAAUUUGCUCGCGUUUUCCCUUCGCAAAACGUCUGAAUUUCAUCUGGACAAUCGGAAUUCCAUUGCUCAUCUUCAUCACCGCCGCCGUCCUGUUCAUAAAACGCCGAAUCACAACCAGAAAGACCUCAGACAUCGAGAACAAAGAAACCCUAACUUCGCGAUUCUUCGACCAAAACUCGAUUCUAGAAGCCAUGGCGGAAAAGAACAUCGUCGGUCACGGUGGAUCCGGAACCGUCUACAAAAUCGAGAUCGGAAAAGGAGAAAUCGUCGCCGUAAAGAGGCUAUGGAAUCGGAGAGCGAAACAUCUCGUCGACAAGGAAUUGAAAACAGAAAUCGAAACCCUAAAAACCGUACGGCACAAGAACAUCGCCAAACUCUACAACUACUUUGCGGCUCUAAAUUGCAGCCUUAUGGUUUACGAAUAUAUACCCAACGGAAACCUCUGGGACGCGCUUCAUAAAGGGUGGAUUCAUCUCGAUUGGCCCACGCGCCACCGCAUCGCGGUGGAAAUCGCCCAAGGCCUCGCUUAUCUCCACCACAACUUCUCGCCGCCGGUAAUCCACAGAGACAUCAAAACCACAAACAUUCUGCUCGACGCAAAUUACCAACCCAGAAUCGCAGAUUUCGGCAUAGCCAAAAUCCUACAACGAGGCAAAGACUCAACCGGCUCUAUAAUCGCCGGAAAAACCUCCGGCUACUUAGCUCCCGAUUAUGCAGAUUCAUCAACAGCAACAACCAAAUGCGACGUGUACAGUUUUGGGGUGGUUUUAAUGGAGCUGAUUACCGGGAAGAACCCGAUUGAAGCCGAAUAUGGAGAUAACAAGAACAUUGCACACUGGAUUUCGAACAAAAUCGACACAAACGAACAAAUUCUUGAGAUUCUCGACAAAAGAUUAAAAGGGUUGUUCAUAAAUGAGAUAAUUAAAGCAUUGGGCAUCGCAAUUCGCUGUACUAAGAACAAUCCAGAGCUUCGACCCGCCAUGGGAGAGGUGGUUGAGCUUCUGCAAGAGGUGGAUCCUUGCAAAUUUGAUCAAGCUUCGAAGAUGUCAAAAAAGUAGGAGAUUAUACGUAUGAUGUCACUCAAAUAAAGUGCCCCUUUUGAAUCCAAAGUCCAAGGGGUGACUUUUUUUUUUUUUUUUUUUUUUUUUCUUCGUGAAUUGAUAUUAUAUGUAUGAAUGAAUUAUAUUAUAUGAUAAAGAUUAAGUGCUUUCUCCAACACUAUGGGUAGGAAGGGAGAGUCAAAGAUGACUAAGUUGUUGCCCUCUACUUGUUUUGGUUUGUAAUGCCUAAUAGAUGAAAGACAUAAGCUAUGAUUUUGUUUUUA